AAUUUGUUUUAUUUGAACGACUGGUUUGGCAUAUUUUAUUUUUUGUCAAAAAUUGAUCAUUUCCGUUGUUAACAAAUGAAUGAAACGCUUUUGCAAGCUCCUUAUGUUUUAAGUUGGAAUUAUACAAAUUCAAGUUCAAAUCUGAAUGAAAAUUUUGAUUUUUUUCAAUUAUCUAAUUCAACAACAAUACAUAAUUCAACAACAAUAUCUAAUUCAACUGCAAUAUCUAAUUCUACUACUGAUAAAGAAAAACUAUCAAUAACAAAUUCAGCAGUGGUUGCAAUGCUAUUACUCAUGGCAUUAAUGUCACUUGUUAUUGCUAUUUGCUGUGUAUUUACCAUCUAUCUUGAUCUUACACCGACAAAUCCAUCAUCGAAAAUGAAAGAAACAACAAAAAAACCAACUACAACAACAACAUCAGCAACACAAAAAUCGGAAAAAACAACCGAAAGAAAACGUCGUUGUCCAGCACCGGAAGAAAUAGUUGAUGGAUAUGAAAUGGAAGCACCAAGUGAUCCAGGUCAGGUGUUCAAAUCUCGAAAAAAAAGUUAUGAACAAUUUCAACAAGAAUUUGAAAUGGACCGAAUGAAAUUAUUAGAAAAAAUGGGCAAUGGAGCAAUUUUGAUGAAACAAUAAAAAAAAAGAAAGGAAAACACUUAUGUUUCUAAAAUGAAUGUUAGACCAAAUAACAACAAUAAUAUCC